CUUGCUGUAACCUUGUGCUAUAAGAUCAAACCUUGCCUCUCCGUGAAACAUACUCCACCAAGUUUGACAAAACCAUUAUCCAAAUUCCAACAUGCAGGCAGCUUUGAGCAUUGCACCAGCACCCUUUCUCCCUACUUUCUCAGCUCCCUCCAAAGUGAGUUCCUCUACAAGGUUGGGAUCCUCCAUUGCUCCCCGUCGCGUUUCGAUCAAAGCAACCGCCACCACCUACGACACUUCCACAGUUGACUACAGCUCUAUGCUCUCUGUGUUUCCAGCAGAGGCAUGUGAGACAAUCGGUGGAGAUGCGUGCCAGGCAGACAUAUACCCUGAAGUAAAGCUACAACCAGAGGCCAGAAACGACUCUCCCAGGACCGCAACCGAGUUGAUUGACAGAGAAUAUCUCGAGUACAACGAUGCAAAAACGGUUUUCUGUGCUGAGGCUUGCGAUGAUCUGGGUGGAGAAUUCUGCAGCCGGGAGUACCAAAGAGGAGUGUAUUAGAUAACAACUGACCAAGCCAUAUCCGGAACACAAGGAACAUCGUUACCAGCUUUCAGGAUUAAUGAAGGAUUGCAUAUGUAUAUAUAAUUUUCUGCACUUUGGCUGCAUAGCUUCUUAAUUUCCUUAAUGAUAUCUAGUUUGAUAUGGAGAAGAAGAGAAAUUAAAGAAAAAAUUAUACCA